AUGGAACUCAUCACUUAUUCUGCCUGUCUUCCGGUGAUAAGAAGUGAACUAGAUCAAGCUGAGGAAGUUAUGAACAACAACUUUGUGGAGCAUCCAGCGACGGAGCCAAAAGGAAACCAAUUGGUUUGUGAGUAACGACCUUUCCAUGAAAAUCUCCGCCCACUGUUCCUUAGGCUGAGGAAACCUAGAGUAAGAGUGAGCAAAAGGCGUCAAGAAAAAAGAUAAUAGGCAGUGAGCGGUCAUUUGUAUUUUCAUUUGUAUUUUAGACACUGAAAAGAUGCGACGAAGCUAUCAGACGGCUUCUGAGGAUGGAGCACGACGAAGAGCCGCCGCGUCCGAGGACUCUCAAGAUUCCCGACCGUCCACAGCAUUGCACUACACUUACCGUGAAGACAGUGAGUUUAAAUAUUAGGGAGACGGAAGAGACCAAACUUGAUGAGCUCUUUGAGUUUGAAAACAAAACAAAUCAGUUUCAGUCGCAGCAGGAAUGGAUCACAUAACAGUGAGCGGACGGAGAGUUAAGGAAGAAGAAGAAGGUGAGAAUGGGUGUGACUCAUAGAAGGCGUCCUCGCUAGAAAUUGGAAACCGCGAUGGGCACUGCUUGUAACGAUUAUCAGCAUUUCCGAUUGACCGCUGACUCAUGACAAGAACAGAAAUAUAAAAGUGCGCGGAUACUUUACUCACAAUAGCAGUUAAUGAAUUGUUGAGUUCUGUGCUCAUCUCAUAGGGAAUUAUUGGGUAAGGGAAAAGCGGUGACGGCAUUUUGUAUUGUAUCUAUGACACAGUUCAGUUGUGAAUCUUUCAGAUUCUUCUCGAUCUUCUUCCCCCGAAUCAGACGACAACGAAUCUUCUUCUUCUUCUUCUUCUUCUUCUUCUUCUUCGGGAGGUUUGUUCAUCGGAAUACAGCGACUUCAUCAUUGUACCAAUUCCAGAUAACAACAGAAACAGAAGUGAAUCUCUACUGCCACAACGGCACAAACGUCUUCGAAAAGAGCAGAAACGGAAGAUGACAAACAAACAGUUGGAUGAGAGGAGAAAAGAAGCGAACAAAAAGAACAGCAAGAACUACAAUAAAAACAAGAAAGAGAAAGAGCAGAAGCUGGCUGCUGAGAUGGAUGAGAAAAGUGAAAUGGUGCGGAGGAUGAGAGGAGAGAAUCAGAGGGCGGAAGGGAAGCUGCACGAGUGCUACGAAUGCAUCCGAACCGUCAGACUGUCAGUGGAAGAAGGGGAAUACAUUCGGGAAGAAGUCUAUCAGGAGAGGAAGGAGAGGAUCAACAGAGAAGCCGCCACGUUAAGGAACGAUGAUAGUAAUCUGAAGAGGUUGCACUCGAACUUACGGUUCAGGAGGAAGAAGUUCGAGGAUGCCAGCAAGGAUAUCAGGACUAAGAGGGUUCGUUCAGAAUGGCGUAGAGAGAAAAUCAAGAGACAUCUCCACUUUCAGACGAAGACAAACACCUACGGCUCGAGAAAGUCACGCGCUCUUCACAGCAUGAAUAUUGCCAAGCACGAGUACGAAGUAAUCAAGUCAGACCACGAAAUCAGAAGGCUGAACAAAUGGAGGGAACUCAUCAAAUGUGUCAAACGGCAGGUUGGUCGGUUCAACUGGAGCAAAUGCACGAGCCAGACUUGUUUCAGCUGUCCAAUGUGCUCAAGUGGACCCAUGUACCGUAUUCUCAAUUUGUAGAACUCUCGACGGAAUCAAGAAAUAAGAUUGACCAGUUGAUCGAGUUUCUCAAAAGGCAAAACAGAGAUUCGGAGUCUUCCAGAUCCAGAAGUUGA